AUGGCUUUGAUUUUUGCAGCGUGCAGUUGUCAUCCUCUGGGCAGCACUGGUCCCUGUGAUGUCCAAACUGGAAGUUGUCAGUGUGACUUUUUCUCUGUGGAACCCUUCUGUGAUCGUUGUGUGCCAGGACACUAUGGGUUGGCGAAUGGUCUGAGAUGUGCUCCGUGUGACUGUGAUUUUGGAGGAGCCGUCAGUACCAUGUGUGACGGUGACAGCGGACAGUGCACGUGUCUCCCAAACAUGGACGGACGCCAGUGCUCUGAUCCACGCCCGGGUUACUUCCUGCCUGGGCUUGACUACUUUCUGUACGAAGCCGAACUCGCUGCUCCCACUGAGUCGAGACCCCCAUCUCCACCGCCAAUAUGGAACCCUGUGCCCGCCACAGUUCCUCCACAUCCAAUAUGGAACCCUGUGCCCGCCACAGGUCCUCCACAUCCAAUAUGGAACCCUGUGCCCGCCACAGGUCCUCCACAUCCAAUAUGGAACCCUGUGCCCGCCACAGGUCCUCCACAUCCAAUAUGGAACCCUGCACCUGGCACGGAUGCACCUUCGCCAGUCCAAAUGCCCCAAAUCCUUCCAAAAUGUGAGCAGUAUUACAGAGAGCAGGGCUAUGACUUCAAGAUUUCAAAUGGACACGUGGUUCUGGUUCGAAGGACGAAACGCAAUUCCCGCCGCAGACGACAGUACGGUGGCCUCUCCUUGGAGCCUGGGACUCCACUUCAGAUCAUUCCACGAGAGAGAGCGUCUGGUCAGCACAUCACCUGGACCGGACUGGGUCUGGUCCGGGUUCAGACUGGAGCCGGUCUCAGGUUCACAGUGGACAACCUGCCACUGUCGAUGGACUAUCAGCUGGUGAUCCGCUAUGAGCCAGAGUUGGGUUUGAUUCCGAGAAUCGAGGCAGCACUGGUCCAGGGCUUGUGUUCCCAGACCGACCUGGACUCCUUCAGAAAGUUUCGCUGCAUCGGUUUAGCCACUGAAGCCGGUUCACCCGAUGCUCCUGAAGUAUGCGAAGGACUGGUCAAGAGCAUGUCUGCACACAUCCACAAGGGGGCGUUAUCUUGUGGGUGUAACUCUGAAGGCUCUCUCAGCCCCUACUGCAGCAAACUGGGCGGGGUUUGUGAGUGUAAGCCAAAUGUGAUUGGCCGAUGCUGCGACUCAUGCGCUUCUCUGACGUACGGCUUUGGACCUCAAGGCUGCAAACCGUGUGAGUGUGAUCCUCGUGGCUCAGAGUCCGAGCUGUGCGACCAGGUGCAGGGCCAGUGCGCGUGUCGUCGGGAGGUUUCCGGGCGUCGCUGUGACCGCUGUCAGCCUGGGUACUGGGGAUUCCCACACUGCCGGGUCUGUGAAUGCAACACUCUGUCAGAGAUCUGUGACCAGGACACAGGACACUGCAUUGACUGUCGAGGCCACUCCAGCGGUCCGCACUGUGAAAGGUGUAUAGAGGGGUUCUACGGUAGCCCAGUGUCCAGAGUUCCCUGUGAGCCCUGUCUGUGCCCGGAUCUGCUGCAGAGUGGACGUUUUUUUGCCUUGAGCUGCGAACAAGAUCCAGAGAGUCAGAUACUCAGCUGCCGGUGCAACAACGGCCACAGCGGUGAACAGUGUGAACAGUGUAGCCCUGGUUACUACGGGGAUCUGUUGUUGUCGGGGGCUCGGUGUGUUAGGUGUGAAUGCAACGGAAACAUCGACCCGAACGACACAGAGGCAUGUGACGGAGUGACUGGGCUCUGUCUGCGCUGUCUCUACAACACUGGGGGGCACCACUGCGAGGAGUGCAGACCAGGGUACUAUGGCAGUGCUAUAGACCACGACUGCAAAGAGUGCUCGUGUGAUCGCCGGGGGACUGAGGUCACCCUGUGCCCACUGCAGAGCCCCUGUUUCUGUGACGCUCAGACAGGACAGUGCCCCUGCAGGUCGGGGGUAAGAGGUGCACUUUGUGACGAGUGCGAGGACGGAUAUUGGAACAUCCAUCUGGGCUGUGUGCCGUGCUCCUGCGACUUAGCAAAUGCUAUGUCCAAUGUCUGUGACAAGGUGACCGGUCAGUGUCCAUGUCAAACUGAGUACGGAGGUCGGAAAUGUGACGAAUGUGGAGAAAACCAUUUUGGAAAUCCUGAUCUACAGUGUGUUUCUUGUGAGUGUAACCUUGAAGGAACACUGCGUCCGUCCUGCGACUCUGAGACCGGAGAGUGUAACUGUCGCGUUGGCGUGAUGGGUAUUUUCUGUGAUGAAUGCGCACUUGGAUAUGACUCCGCCUUCCCCGAGUGCAAAGAGUGCCAUGCCUGCGCCAAAUACUGGGGGCACCAUGUGUCAGACGUGGAGAGAGCUGCGCAGACGAUGAGGACAUUAAUCCCCAGCCCACCAAACCAGCUCCAGCCUGGGACUCCACAACACCAAGCACAGAUGAGGACCCUCUUCUUUGAUCUGGACCAAAUGAAGAAAAACAUGACCAAGCCAACCACUUCCCGUGUGGGCAAGAUGGAGGUACUCUUUCAGAAGAUCAUGAAGCUGAAAAACAGCAUAGACCCAAACUGCAUCCUACUUGACCCAACUCCUCUUUUGAAUACUGAGAUCGACAAUAUUGGCCUCCAAUUCAGGAACCUCCUGUCCCGCCUCCGGAACAAAGUCGAAAACCCAGAUGACGAAGACGAUGAAGACACUGAAGAUCUUUUGGAAGAUAUAAGAAAGAAUUUUGAGUUGUUCCAGACUGAGGAGAGUCGUGUGAAAAAUGCCACGAACGCAGUGGAGGACUCGGCCUACACCCGUCAGGAGGCCAAACAUAAAUUGAGCACAUGUGGAGGAGAGGAGCUUCUAGGACCACUGGAGAAGAAAGUCAAAGAUCUGAAUGUCAUCAACUUCAAUAAACAGAUCUGCGGUGGCUCUGGUGUGGACUGUUCAGACUGUGGAGGAGCGCUCUGUGUUACCUGGUUAUUUGGACCGAAAUGCGGAGGUCCAGACUGUGAUGGCAUCGUUUUUCAAAGUCAGGACGCCAUUGAGACAGCCAGAAACACACACGAUAGCAUCAAAUCACUGCCUCUGAAAAUACAGGAAGCCCGGGAUAAGAUGGAGAGAGUGAAUCGCACAGCCCUGGAAACCAAGGCCCAGUCCAAAGACAUGCAAGACCGGAUCAACUCCAGUAAAGAGUCCUUUGAGAAAGACAAGGACCAGAUCAAAGAACUCAUAAAGAAAGUUAAAGACUAUCUGCUCGACAAUUUGCUUCCUGCAGAAGAUGUAGAGAAAAUGGCUCGAGCUGUUCUGAACAUAAACCUGCCACGGAGCCCAGAGCAUAUUCGAGACAUGAUCCGGGAGCUCACAGACCUCAUAAACAGUACUGCAAACCCAGAGAGGGACCUGACAGCGCUGGAAGAGGAGGCCAAAGCCGCACACGAGCUGAAGGACCGGGCCCACGCACUCAAAAAUCGAACCAAAGACAUAAACGUUUCGGACAUCACAAAGGACAUUUAUGACGCAGAAAAGGCCCAGGACAAAGCCAACGAUGAUUUGGAUGCCGCCAGUGUGGACCGGGACAGUGUCCGUGACCUGCUACAAGAGAUGAAAGACAAAGUGAAUGAGGUCGAGUCAAGGUUGAUGGAUCCACGACUGGAGGAUAUGAACAACGAGAUUGACGCUGUACAACGGAAAACUGAGAAAAACAGAAAACAGGCAUUGGAGGCAAAGGACAAGGCAGAGUCUGCUGUGAAGAAUGCAUUCGACUCUGUACCGGCUCUGAAUGACGCCCUGGAAAAAUUUGAUGAACUGAAGAAUAAAAAGUCAAACCAGACGCAGGACAGUGAAGCAGCCAAACAACUAGAAGAGAUAAAAAAAGAGGCAGAGGCGCUCAAAAGGGAAGUGGAGGACAAACUUCAGCAGAUAGAAGAUCUUGAGCAGUGGAUUGAGAAGCUGAAUAAAAGAGGACAGGACAAAACGACUGAAGUGGUAGAACUUCUGAAAACGGCAGAUUCUCUCCGAGAGGCCAUCACCCGCCAAGCCGAGGAGUAUGUCACGUGUUCAUGA